AUGAAGAACCGUACAGUCACGACGCUGGUGCUGGCUGACUGCGGGUUGAACUGCGAGGCGUUGACGGAGUGGGUCGCCUUUUUCCGAGCUGGGACCAACACGACGCUGCGCUCCCUCAAUCUGGCUGACAACCAGAUCGACGACGACGGAGCUGGGGCUCUUGGUAAAAUGCUGCAGGCUGCCAAGGCGCGGGGCAUGAGCUUUGAUUUGCGCGGCAAUGAACUGUCGACCCUGGGGCUGCAGAUGUUAGCCGACGCGAUGAAGAAUUCGUGCCCGACGGCAGUCACUGCUAUUCAGGUGCAGAACAACCAGGAUGACGACGAACCGGACGCUCUGUUGUAUCGAUCAAGGAUGGAGUUUUACCUACGCAGGAACAAAGCAGCAAUUGAGCGAGAGGUGCUCCGCGAGACGGUUAUGUGGGUUGAAAUGUCGUCGUUAGAGCUGGAGGUUUGCCAUUUGAAGCACGUCGUACUGACGAUAGCCGAGGCGGAUUCUCUCGGUGCUGCGCUGCGUAAUAACCAUUCGGUUACCGAGUUGAGACUUGAAGACAAUGCGUUGCCUGAAGAGGGCACGAGGCGUAUACUGCGUGCACUGCGCUCCAAUCGUAGCGUGCGGACUUUGUCUCUAGCGGACAACAACAUCGGUGACGGCGGAUUUCGUGCACUGAGUGAGUUGCUUCGAGUACCAACGACGGCGAUCAGGACUGUUACUGUUGCCAACCCAACACAGUUGACCCCACGUCUCGAAGCCAUCGCGCCACGCACUGGCAGCGCUUUGCACUACACUUUGGCCAACUACGCUCUUCUCACAGCACUUUCGCUUGCUAACUGUGGGCUGGACGAUCUUAUGGUUGGUGUGCUGGUCUCUGGUAUUGCUUGGAGUGGAAGAAUUGAAGCUCUCGACCUGCAACGCAACAGUUUUGGCAAUCGAAGUGUUCACGUACUUGUGCGCAUGAUGCAGCGGUGCUUGAGGCUCUAUCGACUGGAUCUGCUCCGUGUGCUACUUUUCGGUCGCUUUGACAGUUGCGAGCAGCACACAAUGAACAAAAUCGUCCAAGCAGCAGAGCAAAGUCAGACACUGGUACAGUUGGAGUUGGUGACGACGAGCCGAAGGACGAGCACGAGGGAGCGCAUUGCUAGCCUCAAUACUAGACUGCGUGCGGCUGACUUCGAGCAGGAACGGCAAUCGCGCAAACACCAGCUAGAGAUGCAUGCGAUGAGGUGCCGCCGACGCGCACUUGUGCAUCAGCAGGCGAGAGAGGUGGCUGCUCAAGCACUGUCAACGUUCAAGCCGCUUGAGUGA